GACCUCGUCCCUCUCGAUAACCAAUCUGGAAUUGAGCACCCACCAGCCCUCAGACAAUCUACAAGAUGGCGGCCAGACAACCCCAAUUCAGCCAACACAUCCUCGUCGACACGACGCCGAUGCCCUCUGACAUCCCCAAAGUGCAAGAAAUCGGCACCACAUCUGCUCCCCUUAUGAGCGCGUCAUUCUUUAUUGGAGACCGCUGCCGUGCUUAUAACGAUGAUUAUAUGAAGUGCAAGGCUGAGGCCAAUGGUCGAGGAGAAUUUGAAUGUCUCAAGGAAGGUCGCAAAGUCACCCGCUGUGCGGCUAGUGUGAUCAAGGAUAUCAACACUCACUGUCUAAAGCAGUUCAAUGCUCACUGGCAAUGCCUCGAAAACAACAAUCACCACAUGUUCGAAUGCCGGAAACCGGAGGUGGAAUUGAACAGUUGUAUUUUUGACAAGCUGGGCCUCAAGAAGACUAUUCCCGGAACGCCCGAAAACGUGACUCCUGUGCAUUUGCGACCAAAACAGAUUUAUGCUCAGUAUCCUGGACCUCAAUACUAGAAAUGGAAACUAUUCAUGUCAUCAAACCCUAGCAUCGAUUUGUCUGCUUGUCUUUUUUAUUGUUCCCUUGUCUGGUUAGAAUGUGUGUAAAUAUUAGUGGGAAAUUAUGGAAGCAAGAUUGAACUUAUU